GUGAACAUGUCUUGCAAUAUGUAAAUACACUUUUGAAAAGCUGUCCAUUGUUAUUAAAGUAAUAAUGUAUAAUAAUUAAUACCUAACUUCUGACUCUUAAAUGUGGAAUAAAUGUGAACACAUACAUGCAUGAUUGUUUGCAUGACCUAGCUGCUAGUUCCCCUUUUGCCUUGAACAAGCUUGUGCCUAUUCUCAUUGCAAUGCAGUUUAUUUUGGAAGAUAGGAAGAAUUAAUAUGCAAACAGGGCAGUUUUAUUUUUUUUCUAGUCCCCACACUGAGCUGAUAUCAAGAGGAUUUUGCUGAGAAUAGCUCUUGAAGUUUGGUUUUAUAUUAACAGGAAGCAGAACAGCAGUUGUGGCUUGAGCAAACUGCAUACAGGAAGUCUGACACAUGCCUAGCACUUGACUUCUGUGUUAUGCUCUUAAGUUCAGAAUUGUUUUCUUGUGUUUAACGUGCACCUUAAAUGUAGAUCAAUGGCAGCUCAGAAAGAGCUGCAGGGUAGCUCAAGCUCAGGCACUGCUAAUGCUUUGCAGAGACUAGAAGGGUUUGCCAAUAGACUUUUUCACAGGCAUUCCAAGGGUUCUGCAAAUGAACUGAAAGUAGCUCUGGAAAAUGAAUCUCCUUGUUUAUCUGAAUUUGUUGCACUGUGGGACAGAUCAAUGAAAGAGUUUCUAGCCAAAGCCAAAGAAGAUUUUUUAAGAAAAUGGGAAAGUCCUCCUCAGAAUACUGCUGGUUUAGAUGACUUCGAGAGACUAAAAACACUCGGAACCGGCUCAUUUGGCAGAGUCAUGUUGGUGAAACACAAAUCUACAGAACAGUAUUAUGCCAUGAAGAUACUGGAUAAACAAAAAGUAGUUAAAUUGAAGCAGAUAGAACACACACUGAAUGAAAAGAGAAUAUUACAAGCAGUGAACUUCCCAUUUCUUGUACGACUUGAGUAUUCUUUUAAGGACAAUUCUAAUUUAUACAUGGUUAUGGAAUAUGUUCCUGGGGGUGAAAUGUUCUCACAUUUAAGAAGAAUUGGAAGGUUCAGUGAACCACAUGCACGAUUUUAUGCAGCUCAAAUAGUGCUAACGUUUGAGUACCUCCACUCGCUAGACCUCAUCUACAGAGAUCUAAAACCGGAAAAUCUUUUAAUUGACCAACAAGGAUAUAUCCAGGUCACGGACUUUGGGUUUGCAAAAAGAGUAAAAGGCAGAACCUGGACGUUAUGUGGGACUCCAGAAUAUUUGGCACCUGAAAUAAUUCUCAGCAAGGGCUACAACAAAGCAGUAGAUUGGUGGGCCUUAGGAGUGUUAAUUUAUGAAAUGGCAGCUGGAUAUCCUCCAUUCUUUGCAGAUCAGCCAAUCCAGAUUUAUGAAAAAAUUGUUUCUGGAAAGGUACGAUUCCCUUCACACUUCAGUUCUGACCUUAAGGAUCUGCUAAGAAAUUUACUCCAAGUAGAUUUGACCAAACGAUAUGGAAAUCUCAAGAAUGGGGUAAAUGAUAUCAAAAACCACAAAUGGUUUGCCACUACAGAUUGGAUUGCCAUUUAUCAGAGAAAGGUAGAAGCUCCAUUCAUACCAAAAUGUAGAGGCCCUGGAGAUACCAGCAAUUUUGAUGACUAUGAGGAAGAAGAUAUCCGUGUGUCUCUAACAGAGAAAUGUGCAAAAGAAUUUGCUGAUUUUUAGUACUUUCUGGAAGAUAAGAGGACAUCAGGGUUCACACUGGGAUCUUUGCACUCUGUUAACUUAUAAGGUGGAGCUGAGACCAUCAUAUUUCAAAACAAUUACCUAGUUACUUCAUUCCACAAAGCUGACUGAGGUCUUUAUUGCCAUCUUCCAUGUGUGCAGGUUGCACCAACCCUUAUAACUAGGCACAAUUAAGCAAGCACGAUUUGUGCUGUAACACAGAAUAUAGACCACUUUUCCUAUUUACCUUUUGGAUUCUGCUGUUUCCCUUGUUUUCUGUAUAUUGUUAAUUUUCCCUUUCUUCUAUUCCCCCAUCCCUUUUAAAAUGAAGUAGAUGUUUACCUAAAAAUGCUCCAUUUUAUUUUGAUUAAUGUAUUUGCGUGAAUGAAACUGAAGGUGUUCUGGCUAGUUUGACUUAGACCGAAGUGAAAGAUACGUGUUGCUUCUAGUCUGUGCCAGCCAGUCCUUCUGUGUCUGUGUCUGAAGCUACAGUUCAUAGGUUUGUACUUUUUUUAGUAGCUCAGACUAAACCUAGCCAACAUGAUUAGCAUCUUUGAAGGUAGUAUUUAUCGCCAUAUGACUGUAUGCUAAUUGACUUAAACACUUCUUCCUGGAGACUGACCAAACUUAGUUAGUUAUCAAAAUUGAAUGAUUUCUAUAGGGUUCAGUAGCUAGACCCCGUGCCUUGGUUUUCUACAUGCUGGCAGUUCUUCUCCCUGCCUCGUAUUUCUCUUUCCUUUCCUGGGCAAGUAGAUAAAUAUGCCAUAAGCAUACUGUGCCAUAAGAAGCACAGUAUCUAUAAGCAGGAACAAUUCCAUCCAGCCUAGGAUUUGGACCAUAUUUAACCAUGCUUCAUUAUCUGCGUUUAGCUAUUUAAAUGGGUUUCUAAACACCUUAAAACCCCAAAGACUUAAGAUUUGGUCAGUAUUGUCAGAGACUAGAACUGAUUUUAGUAAUGUCAAAUGUUGGGGCUCUUGAAGUAUUUCACAUUUCAACCCCUUUUUAUUGAAGGGGGAAAGCAACUUUUUUUUUAAACUCUUUAGCAAUGAGAAUAAAUGGUUUAGCAAAUGGAAAAUUUAGUAUUAAAAUAUUGAUGCAUUGCUAGAUAAACCUGGUAUUUCUGUUAGCUGUGAAGAAUAAAAGAAGUAAAUGCCAAGUUUUUAUUCUGGUAUACUAUAUUAGUAAAUCAAGGAUGGAGUGCUGCUCCAAUCAUGUUAUCAGCAGCGCUUUGUUCACAUGAAAAAGAGACAAAGUUUUAAACUGCCACUUUGCAUGAUGUGGUGUCUUCGUUUCUAACAUGCUUUUCUUUCAGUGAAAUGGAAUGUACGGUGACACAGAGAAUUGUUUGGGCUGAGUUGAUUUUUGUAUGAUCUCACCAACUGACUUGGAAGGGGAUUGCUGCCAUGUGCUUGCUUCCAGCACUUCCACACACUUACUGCAGUGGCUGUUAACAAUCAGUGACUAGGCACACCUUGUGCUUUUAAAUCUCUCUGUACACCAUUUUAGUUGGGCACUCAAUUUCUGGUUUAUCUUGAAAUGGCUUGUCUUAAGAUGGCACAUCAGUAUGUUUAAAAUAAACUAGGCUCAUGUUUUCUGACAAUUUACAUGCAUACAGGGAUGAAGUCUUUUUGUUACAUGGAUCUAGAUUGCUAGGUACAUGGUGUUUUGUAGAAUGCCAGUACAGAUGGGACUAUUGGUAUUGUUUCUUUUUAAUCUGUGACACUCCUUUAACAAAAACCUCUGUAGACAUUUACAGCCUGGAAUAAGAUGUAUCAUACAACAUUCUCUAUGUAUUUUUAAGUUGUCAAGCAAUUUUGCACAUAAUCAGGACUCUGUUUUCCAUCUUUGUCCACCCCAUCUACAUGUGUGCAAGACAAGCAUAUGAUACUUUGCAGUAGCAAAUUUUAUGUAAUAAAUAUAUUGUCACAUUAAUAAAUUAAAAAUAUUUGUAUUAAAAAUGUAACAAUCUUUUGUAUUUCAUCUAGACCGAGGACAUGCUGUUAUAUGCUAGCUGUAUGCGAUAAAUUCUACAGUAACUUUGUUGUUUAUGAACUUUAAAGAUUUUAAUAAAUGCUGGAGAUCA